ACACGUGUCUGGAUCACUUCGUGCUCAAUCCAUCCCACCUUCAUUUCUCACCCACACACAAAUCUCUCUCUCUCUAGAAUGACGUUUAUAACACUGAUCGUGUCCGCAACAAAGCUCGCCGGAAUCUUAGCCACCGUCACCGUCGCCGCCAAUGCCUUCUCCUUCUCUCGUUUCCGCAAGAAGAACCUCCGCCCCUUCAGCUCUCCCAUCGACGAGUCCUCCGACACUCUCGCCGUCUUCAACAUCAAUCCCACCGCCGAGGGGGAAAAAGAAUUCUUUUUUGGAUUGGCAACGGCGCCAGCACACGUUGAGGACAGGCUUGAUGAUGCUUGGCUCCAGUUUGCAGAAGAGAACCCAUGUGACGAUGCAGAGUCACAGGAAGGCAAGCAAACAGCUGAUGCAUUAAUGGGUUCCACUACUGGUGAUGGUGGAUCGCAGCCUUCAGCAUCUGUGACAGAUGCUAAUAGGAUCGUGAAAAGGAAGAAAGCCCUUAAAAUAGCAAUGGAAGCCAUGAUUCGAGGAUUUGAGAAGUAUAUGGAAGAGGAAGAGGAAGAGGAAGAGCACGAGCCAACUGAAGAAUGCCAUCAUAAAGUAGCUGCCUGGCACAACGUGCCGCACCCGGAGGAGAGGUUAAAGUUUUGGUCUGAUCCUGAUACAGAAUUGAAACUGGCUAAAGGUACUGGAGUCCGUGUCUUCCGAAUGGGAAUAGAUUGGACAAGGAUCAUGCCCAAAGAGCCGGUGGACGGGCUCAAAGAAGCCGUCAAUUAUGCAGCAUUGGAGCGAUAUAAAUGGAUCAUCAAUAGGGUUCGCUCAUAUGAUAUGAAGGUGAUGCUUACUCUCUUCCAUCAUUCAUUACCACCAUGGGCUGGAAAAUAUGGAGGAUGGAAGCUGGAGAAAACUGUUGAUUAUUUCAUGGAUUUUACUAGGCUUGUUGUUGACAGUUUAUCAGAUAUGGUGGACUAUUGGGUAACAUUUAAUGAGCCUCAUAUCUUCUGUAUGCUCACUUAUUGCGCUGGUGCUUGGCCUGGUGGUAAUCCUGAUACGCUGGAGAUUGCUACUUCUGCUCUGCCUUCUGGUGUUCUCAAUCAGACCAUGCACUGGAUGGCAAUUGCACACUCAAAGGCCUAUGACUAUAUCCAUGGACACAGCAGUACCUUAUCAAAAGUUGUUGGAGUAGCACACCAUGUCUCGUUUAUGCGGCCAUAUGGUCUUUUUGACAUUGCUGCUGUUUCAGUGGCCAACUCAUUGACUCUCUUCCCAUAUCUGGAUAGUAUUUCUGAUAAGCUGGAUUACAUAGGAAUAAAUUACUAUGGACAGGAAGUGGUCUCUGGUGCUGGACUGAAGCUAGUUGAGACUGAUGAAUAUAGUGAAUCUGGACGUGGGGUGUAUCCAGAUGGCUUGUUCCGCAUGCUGCUUCAGUUCCAUGAAAGAUAUAAACAUCUAAAUGUACCCUUCAUUGUUACUGAAAAUGGUGUUUCUGAUGAGACAGAUCUGAUAAGGCGACCAUAUUUGCUGGAACAUUUGCUUGCAAUUUAUGCAGCCAUGAUUAUGGGUGUGCCUAUACUUGGUUACCUGUUUUGGACUAUUUCUGAUAACUGGGAGUGGGCUGAUGGCUAUGGUCCCAAAUUUGGACUUGUAGCAGUUGAACGCGCCAAUAAUCUUGCGCGUGUUCCUCGUCCUUCAUACCAUUUAUUUUCCAAAGUGGCAACUACAGGUAAAAUCACACGGCAAGACAGAGAACAUGCAUGGAAUGAACUCAACAGAGCUGCUGAAGACGGAAAGACCAGACCAUUUUAUAGAGCAGCUAAUAAGCAUGGUUUGAUGUAUGCAGGAGGCCUUGAUAAACCCAUGUUGCGACCUUAUAUUGAACGGGAUUGGCGAUUUGGACAUUACGAGAUGGAAGGUCUGCAGGACCCAUUGAAUCGCUUUACUAGAUACAUCCUCCGACCUUUCCCGCGCAAAAGAAAACCAAAACGCCAAUUGGUUCUUCAACCUCUUGAACAACACAUCUAGAUUCUAAAGGUGGCCCAGGCGGGACCUCCUCAAAAUGACCAAGAGCUAACCUAAGUAAAACUAUAAUGGAACAGGUGAAAAAAUCAAAGCCAGAUGCAUGGACCAGGUGAUUAUGUAACAUCAGUCACUACUGGGCAAGGAUGUCGGGAGCUCAACCUAUGCGUCGUGGCAUCUUUAUAUGUUUAAUUAUUCCAAGCAGUGUCAUAUUCUCUUCUUGUUGCUUAAAUAUUUUCAGAGGAUGCUUUCUAUAAUGCUGCAGUGAGGAUGUGUCUCAAAGUUUCUACAAGCAAUCUUCAUAAGUACGAGAUGAAAUGCACCGACGUGUACAUAAAUAAUUUGAUUGGUUUGGGAGCUGCCAGAUUCUGGACAAUAUUGGCAUUGAAGGUGGCAAUAGUCCUCUCCUCUGUAUUGUAAGUUUGUAACCUGAAUUUCGAAUACCGACUCAAAACCAUAAUCAGUGUAAAAUAAGCUCUUAUCAUAUUGGUUUUUAUAUUCUUAGAAAAGGGAUUCAUAUAGUUUAUGUACAUCUAAAUGGCUCUGUUGUUUAUGCCAUUAAUAAGUUACUGUCCAGUCUUUGUAAUUUGUUUUAAUUUUAGUAUACAAAUUAUAUGUGAGAUUAUUAGCUUGUCA